AUGUCAAAGAUUCAAGAAAGAAAUUCAAAUAGAUUAGCCAAUGGUAGACUUCAUAUAGGAAAAAGCACAGUUUAUAGACCUAGCAUGCGCUAUAAAGAAUGGAGAGGCUCGAAAAGUGGAGAACUUUCAAAAGAAUACUCAAAAGAAAAUUCUUACAAAAUGAAGCUUGAAUUUCCAGAAAAAGAAGAAAUAAAUCAUAUUGACACUCAAACCCCUCAUUUUAUUGGAAAGUCAAAUGACAAGCUCAGCAAUUUUUUGUCGUCAAUUGGACUUGAAAAAUACAUUUCUCAAUUCAAAAUGAACCAAAUUUCUAUGGAAGAUUUGCCUUAUCUUACAAAAGAAGACUUUCAAGAUUUAGGCUUGCCAAUAGGCCCAAGGAAUCGACUCAUAAAAUUUCUUAAUGAGCAGAAAGGUGAGAAUCAAGAAAUAAGAGAAAAUGAUGAUUGAAAUGGGAUUGAAGAGAAGGAAGAAUACGAAGAAGAAAUGGAAGAAAAAGAACUAGAAGAUAAGGAAAUGAGCUUAAAAGAAUUCGAAGAAGUUAUAUUAAAAAUUUCAGAACAGCAGAUAGGCAUGAUGGAAGCUAUUGAAGAAAACCAAAGAGCUAUUGUAAAAUUAGCAAGCUCAAUUGCUCAAGAUACCGAAUCGAAUGCAUCGGAAGCGAUGUCUAGCAGACUUUCAAGCUAUGAAUCUUUUGAUAGGAGUAAAUCACCGUCAAGAUUCGCCCAGCCAACAUUGAGUUCGAUGGCAAAACAAAAAGUGAUCCCAAACAAAUACAUGAAAGUUAGCCCACUGAGACAAGCUUAUGCCUUGAAAUAUUUGAGUAGCCAAUAA